AUGGACGAUGGAGUCACUCUACACGUCAAGAUACUUGGAGACGAUCCAACAAAGACGAAGCCGCUGCUCAUUUCGCUCCACGGCGCACCCGGGCUCUCGACACAUUUGGAACCUGAAGCUUCGUAUGCAUUUCUGUCCAACACUUUCCGCGUCAUGGUGUAUGACGCUCGUGGCAGCGGCGACUCUGAUCAUGUCGGCCCAUUUACGCAUGACCGCUGGAUCAAGGACAUCCAAAACCUUCGACAAUGGGCUGGCGCAGAGAAAAUCGUCCUUGCAGGCGCCUCGUACGGAGCCUUCGUCGCCCUCGACUAUGCCGUUCACUACGGCAAUAGACUAAAUGCGUUGAUCCUCCGGGGCGCUUGGGCAAAUGGAAAAUUGGGCCCAAUGAAUGCUUUGGCGAACAUCUUGACGUCUCCACGGGUCAAGGUCGACGUAGCACGCCAGGUGCGAGUCUGGUCGGGAACCUUGCGCAAUGAUCAGGACUUUGAAGACGCCAUCCUUGAACUCCUGCCUUUCUACCUUCCGCCUGAAAAUGCGGGGAGCAAGGUGACCACCGACGAGUCAACCGAGUUUCGUGGGACCGUCAAAUACCGCUCGGCAACCCAGAAUUACGCGUUUAGUGUGAAUAUGCCGCAAUUUGACGUACGGGAGCAGUUCAAGACAAUCAAGGCACCUACACUCGUCGUUGUUGGACGCUACGAUGAAGUGACUCCGGUGGCGUGUAGUCAGGAGAUCGCUGACGGUAUACCGAAUGCGAAGUUGGAAAUUUUCGAGAAGUCGGGUCAUAGUCCUCCUUCGGACGAACCAGAGAAGUUUGAGGCGGUGUUGACGGACUGGUUGAAAGCUGAGGUUAUGCGGACCACGGCACAGAGAUAG